ACGACAGACGAGACGGAAUAUCUAAUUGCCUUUUUUUUUAAAAUAUUUAUAUGAAAAAGAAAAACACAUUUGAGGAUCAUUAUCGAACACCAAAAAAGGAGGUGGUCGAAGGGAUUUAAGGCAUCUUUUUUAUUUUCUACUGCAGACCCCGCUCACCACCCCCACCUGCGCGAAGCGGAGCUGUCAAAGUGCAUCAUUAUGUUGAACAAUAUGGAUUUGAACGCCAAAGAUUCUUUUUACCCGCAGUUUGACGGCUCCUCUCUGGGAAUGGACACCGGCGUGCAGCGGAAAGACAACCAGGACGUGUUCGCCGACGCCGAGCGCUCGUCGGUGCCUGCACAGUUCGGCCACGAAGGAGCCCCCGCCACGCUCAAAACUGAAGCCUCCAACUCGGAAUACGCUUUUAACCCCUGCGAGGGUCCCAAAGAUACCUACGCCCCCUCUGCGCUCGCCUACUCCGGCAGCUUCUACGUGGAGGCGUCUCAGGGAGCGCCGUGCACCACCGAGACCCUCCUCAACAUGAUCACCGAGAUCGUGGGGAUAUCCACCGCGUCGCUCUCCGAGGCCCAGCAUGGCGCCAACAGCCGGGGGGCCUCCUACACGCCGCCCGUGGACGUCGCCCACUUCGGGGACGUCAAAAGGCAACCGUUCGCCGACCACCAGAUGGGGUUCGUCCAGGACCAGGCCGACCUCCCGGCGCCGGAGGCCUCCACGUCCCAGCUCAGCUUCCUGCAGACCAAGGCCGAGCCCAAACCCGAGGCGGCCUCCUUCCCGGUGGUGGUCAAGAACGAGUUCGAGAGCUACGAGUGGGGGGCGUUCAAGUCGGACUGUUUGGAGAGCAGCUUCCAGGCGGAGACCUUCCCCAUGUCCAACGACUUCCCGCCGGAGCAGCAGAUGGACGUGAAGGAGCUUCUGGACACCUUCCCCGCCAUGUGCCCAAACCCGGAAGUUGAGUUCAAAGUGGAGGGAGGCAUCAAACAAGAACCCUGUUUCUCCGACACCUGCUCCCAGAGCUACCCUUACAACGGGUACCUCCCGGCGCCCAUCCUGAAGCCGUACCCAGACCCCCCGCAGGCGCCCAAUCAAGUCGACUCCCUUUACGCGUCACCGGCCCUACCCAGCACCAUAGACUCCAUCCUCUACUCCUCCUUGCUGUCGGAUUCAUUCGUGCAGAGCUACACCACUCGCGCCAACACCGCCCCCGCCCCGGCCGCCACCACCACCACCAAGCCCCCCAGGGCCCGCAAGACCCCCGCCGCCUCCUCCGCCCACGGCCCGGCCAAGGAGAAACCCUUCACCUGCCCCAUGGAGAGCUGCGACCGGCGCUUCUCCCGCUCGGACGAGCUCAACCGGCACAUCCGCAUCCACACGGGCCACAAGCCCUUCCAGUGCCGCAUCUGCCUGCGCAGCUUCAGCCGCAGCGACCACCUGACCACGCACACCCGGACUCACACCGGCGAGAAGCCCUUCUCCUGCGACGUGUGCGGCAAGCGCUUCGCCCGCAGCGACGAGCGCAAGCGGCACGGCCGGGUGCACCAGAAGCAGAAGGAGAAAAUGGAGCUGAAGCCACAGGUGACUCCCAGCGCGUGGCCCUUCGCUCUCUCCGAGGGCAUUUGAAGACGUGAGCGCCGCCGCGAUUUUUAUUCUAACGUGCUUAAAGACGGUGGACGCUCGAAGGCGGGAAUUGACAGGGAAGGGUCCCGCUACGCCCUCGUCACCCAAGGCCGAAUUGAAGCAGGCGUCGCCAGGUUGUGAAAGUGGGCGAGCAAGCCAACAAGCACGUGUCGCCUCGCCGCCACUUCUAAGUCAGGGCAACGUCUUUUGCUAUGCGGGUUCUGCAUGGCUGCAGUUCAGCACCUCACAACUGGACAGCUCCUACUUCCAUCCUCUCAUCCAGGCUGGGUUGCACUUGAUUUGUAUUCAGAUUGUUCUAUUUUUUUUCUUUCCUCCCUGCUUUUUAGAAUAGUGGCAAUUAUUGUGCAUGUUUUACUUUCCUUUUUAACCUGGAACAUCGUAACCCUUCGACCGGCUCCCCGCAGCCAGGGCUAUGAAUAUGAAUGUAAGCUAACAUAUUUAUGGUUUUAGCCAUGGAUCAAACUUAGUGUUUGUUUACUCUUAUUUAGCUGUCAGUGUUGGCUUUUGUGUUGUUCAAAUUGUGAAAGAUAUAUCAUUAAUGGGAAAUAAAUAUAUUUGUAUUACUGUACUUCCUUGUAUUUUUAUAGCUGAGUGUAUAUUUUACAUUUAUCACACAUUUCAGCCUCAUUUUGGGGGCGAAAUGUUCGACAAAUCCUCAAUAAUGUGUUGGUUUUUGAGGGCUAUUGUUCAGUAACUCAGUAUUUUAAAAUGUUUUUGCACUUCAUCCCAUUGUUGGUACGAUUAUGACGGAUUAAAAAAAAUGGAGUGGGGGGAAGCAGAAUGUGCACUGAAUUUUCAGGAAAAUGGUUUUACAUGUACAGAAAUAUGUCAAGCUAGCACCGACUAGCGAAUAAUAUGAACAAUUGCUUUUGAGUAAUCAGGUAGCACACAUUGCUGCGAGGUUGAAGGACUUUUGACGCGGUAUCUUCUGCCUGGAAAGUUGACAGUUUGGUGAAAUUGUCACUGACAGGGUAUUGCAAAAAAAAAAAAAAAAAGAAAAAAAAAAAGAAAAAGUUAUUUAACUCGCCUUAAGUUAUAUUAACUGUUCAUAUAAAGGUUUUGUACAUAUGCGCAGUUUCUACAAUACACUACGUUGAUAUUGAUGUUGUUAUUUUUAUGACGAUGAUGAACAAAAAUAAACAUUUUCUGCCAGCUGCAA